GUCAUGCAUUUCUAUCCUAAGGCCUCGACCAAAUGAGCGAGACUUCUUUGAUGCCGUAUAUCAGAGGACAGAGGGGGAUGCUCCUAGGUAUGCGAUGCUGCAGAAUAUGAUCCAGCCUGCACCAGAGGAUGGAAGACCUUACGAUCCUGAGGCAGAGGCUGUUGCGGUGGCUGAGAUAGCCGUUGAGGCUGGCAUAUUUGUGGAGGAUGCCCCGACAGAGUCUGCUCCAGAUACUAGUACAGAACCUACUUCUGCUCCUGCUCCUGCUCCUGGGGCUUAUGAGGAGGUGUUGGGUGAGAUAGCCAGACUAUCAGGUGCAGUGGACGAUGUUAAGGCCACUCUAGGUAUCGUCCUUAAAAAUCAAGAAGUCAUAUUAGAGAAGCUGGCAACACUAGGUAGUAUACCUACUCCUGCACCUACUCCUGCACAUACUCAUGCACCCACUCCAACAGAUGAUGUAGAGUACGACAUUCUCCCCUCAUGUUACGAGCCUUCUGUUGGAGAAGCCACACCUUCUCAGCCAGUGCAGACGGUCUUAGGUAAGCGUACUAGACAGAGACCAGUAAGGUACGAGGACUAUACUCCAGCAGCCAAGAAACCAAAGUUCAAGGACCCAGUUACGAUCCUUCCUUUAAAGGUGUUGGAUCAAGAUAUGUUGACAACUUUUAACCGAUGGGUACUCGGUGAGAUUGAUAACAGCAGACCGAGGAAGUUGGAAUGUUGUGAUGGGACCCCUGUUUGGUUCUUGAAGUUGAAGGUGGCAAAAGAAUGGUUGGCAGAAACUCAUCUCGACGCUGCGAAUUAUCUUAUACGGAGACGUCUUUUUGAGUUGCCGAAGACGUACCCUGUGAAAGCCACCGUACUUGAUUCAUCAUUUGCACAAUAUAUUCCUGCCAGAUACGAGGAAUUCAAGAAAAAUGGCAGGACUUACCAAUGGGACUCGGACAUUCUUGAUUUCCUGAAAGGAGAUGCCAAAAAGUACAAGAAGCCUUGGGGUGAUUGCAACGAGGUCUACUUCCACUGGUGCAUGGAAAAUCGGCACUGGGUCCUUUGCGAAAUAAAUUUCGCUGAUUGGAUGAUCACUGUAUUUGACUCAGAUCAUUCUAACUUUAGCCAUAAUAAGUUGUCUGAGUUGAUGGAGCCUUGGACUAGGAUGCUUCCAUCUUUACUCAACGCUUCUGGUAUGUUUAAAGGACACCCCAAGUUAAAAAUAGCUAGACCGAAGAUCACCGUUCCAAACUUUGAUUGGCGGCGCAUGUCCACUGAUAUUGUCCCACAGUCUAGAACCAGCGGAGAUUGCGGUGUAUUCGCCAUCAAACACUUGGAGUUCAUUCUUGGAGACAUUCCCUUAUCAUAUGCCAUCGGGGACAACAUUCAGUACUUCAGGGAUAAAUUAUGCAUCGACAUUUUUUAUGAGAAUGUGUACCCUUGA